AUGGUGAAUGACUCAAUACUUGAAACAUUUUUGGCAGACAACCUAAUUGACAGGUUGAUGUUAAUGAUGCAAUUAAAGAAAUGUUCUUGGAAUGCCAUUCAUGAUGAGUUUAGAUUUGUGAUAGUUGUUAAAUAUCCAGGCCCUGGAUAUUUAUGUGUGAAUCAAAUAUUAACAACCUUUUCUGGACUGCAUAGUUGA